AUGUCGGAGAAGCUGCGCCGCUGCCGCAAGGAGCUGGCGGCCGCCAUCGACCGCGCCUUCGAGGGCGUCCGGCUGUCCCAGCAGCGCGCCCGCCGCCCGCCGCCCGGCGCCGCCAGGGAGGCCCCGGGCCCGGCCGCCAGGCCCGCGCCGGCCGCCCGCAGGCCGCUGGCCGCCAGGGAGAACCUGCCCGGCCCGCCCUGGGGCCCCGAGCCCGGCCGCAGCGACGGCCUCAGGAAAGACAUGGAGAAGGAGCUGAAGGCUGACUCAAGUCUGCCCCUUGGCAGUUCUAGCCAAGAGGUCACCAAGGACCUGCUGGACAUCAUCGACAACACGAGCAUCCGCACCAUCGAGGAGCUGGCGGGGAGGCUGGAGUUUGAGAACGAGCUGAACCGCGUGUGCGACCCCUGCGGGGACUCGCCCUUCCCGGAGGAGGCCUGGGCGCUGCUCCUGGACGAGAGCCCGCGGGAGGCGGCCGAGGCCGACCCCGGCAGCCUGCCGCGCGCCUUCGACGACCACAGCGUGGUCCAGACGGUGCUGGACCUGGAGGACGACUACAGCCUGAUGAGCCCGUUCAAAUACCACCUGGAGUGA